GUUGAAUGAACCGUGGGAUCGAUAAGGAGACGAGUCCAGAACAAGAGUCGAGAGGGAGUUUCGCUCGAUGUAGAGAGAGAGUUAGAGAGUGAUGUUGGUGACACAGAACUCCUCUCCUCCUCCUCUCCUUCUCUUUCAAGACGAAGACGACGACGACGAUUCCUUUGGCGAAUUCAAUUUCGCAUCCCCACCUGAUCCCUCUGAUGACUGGGGUGAUUUCGUUUUUACCCCUGCCGGAAAUGACGUCGCCCGGAAAACCAGUUCGCCGGAAUCUGGAAAGAUUCCGGCCAACGAGAUCCCUUGCCCUCCUUCGGUUAAAAGCCGCGAUGCAAUUCCUCUCUCUCUCUUUGGCCUACCUGAGCCUGAGCCUGAGCCUGAGCGCGAUGAUCUCAUCACCCCACUUCCUGAAUUUUCCCCCCAAAAUUCCAGCAAAUUUCAACAAAACUUCAGCGUUAAAUCCGGUUCUAUUGGCCUUCAAAGCCUCAUCGAUAGCCUCUACACUCAGGCUGAAAAAGUGGCCUCUAUAGCUUCAGAGGAUCGAAAAGAGCUUGAUCCAGUGAUUCAAUAUAGGGUUUCUGCUUCAAAUGGGGCUGAUUCCAGGGCUCUUGAUUCUGGGGUUUUGGAUUUUGGGGUUUCUGAGCUCGAUGGAUUUAAUUCAAGGUCUUUGGAUUCUGGGGUUUCUUUGUUUGAUGGGGUGAAUUCCAAGGUUUCAGAUUCUAGGGUUUCUUGGUCGAAUUCUAAGGCCUUGGUUUCUGAAUUAAACUCUGAGGUUUUUUAUUCUGGGGUGAAUUCUGACCCUCCAGAUUCUGCGGUUUCUGGGGUGAAUUCUAAGGCCUUGGGUUCUGGGAUGAACUCUGAGGCUUUGGGUUCUGGCUUGAAGUCUAAGGCUCAGGAUUCUGGGACUUCUCGCUUUGAGGUGAUGGAUUUUGGGGCUUCUUGGUCUAAUGGGGUGAAUUCUAGGGUUUUGGAUUCAGGGCUUUCAAAAUUGGAUACGAUGAAUUCUAUGGUAUUUGAUUCUGGGGUUUCUCAGAGCCGUGUGUUGCGUUCUGGGGUUUCUGAAUCUGGAAUGUCAUUGUUUGAUGGGGUGAAUUCAAGUGUUAUGGAAUCACGGGCAUUUGGUUCUGGAAUUUCAGGUCUCGAUGCCCCCUCUGUAGAUUGUAAUGGAGAUUUAGAUUCUGAAGAUUGGGAGUUUCAGGAUGCAUCUUCUUCUUCGAGCAAAGGAAUGCUGGAUUUUUUGGGCUUUUACAGUCGAUUGAAAGAAGAGACUCUUGUGAUGGCCCUUCAUCGCAUUGCUACUCUAGAGGCACGAAGAGUUGCUUCCGUUUCUGAUAGCACUGAGAUGGCAACUGCCCUAGAUGCAAAAAUUCAGGCUGCCAAGGAGAAACUGCAAUGGUCCUCUAAACAAGGCUCCCUUGAUCAGUAUCAGCUUGAGAAUGGUUAUCAAGACAUGCUUAAAAUCAUCCGUGAACCAUCAUUUCAAAUGUUUGAGGAAGAGUUUCACUUGUCAGAGAGAUUAUCGUUGGCAAAAGAGGAUCUGAGUCCAGCUAUAGAACUCUUUGACCAUGCAAUGUCCAUGUUAAGCAUCAUGAAAUUGGCAUCUGUAGUGGAUCAACCUACUUAUUUAGGCGUGUGGUCUAAAAUGAUUUCAGCAUGUGCCAAGGAGUUAAGGCAUGGUGCUGCUAUCUGGAGGAGGGCAUUGCAAGAAAAUGUUCACUCGUUACUCUUAGCCGAAACUCAAGGCAUGGAAUACUUUGUAGCCCUUGGAGAAGUUUACAGAGUAUCAGAAAUAUUGAGAGUAUCUUUGGAGGUUUACAAGCCUUGGGUACUAAUAAGUUCUUCCUUGGACAUGCCUUUGCAUUUGAAGGAAUGCUCAGCUGCAUGGAAAGAAUCUGGAGUGAGAGAAGCUCUUGGCAACAUCUUAGAACAUGCAGCUGUGGAAUAUGUUGGAAGGAUAAAGGCUCUGUUGGAAGCGAUUGAGUUUAUAGGAAAUAUGGAUAUUGUUGCUCUUCAAAAUCAUGCUUCAAGAGAGGGUCAAUUUUGCCAAUUGUCACUGUUGCCCUUUAACAUGAUACCAGGCCUGGAGCCAGUUGUUUGGAAUGGUCAGCAAUACUUUUUUCUCCAACUGGCAAAUUUGUGGGCAAAUCUCAUUUCUCCCGAGGCUCCACAGUUGCCCGCUUUAUGCUGUGGCUAAAUCUCAUUUGAACUGAAUGGCUAGAUUGUUGUCAUUCAUAACCAAAGCUAUAGGAUUUCAGCAAAGCUGCAUCAGCGAUUACAGAAACAACUAAGGGUUGUAUUCUUUAGAACGGUGGCAAAAGGCAAUGGAAAAGCUGGAUAUAUUGACACCUUUGGAGGUGGAGCAAAAUGUAUGCUCCAGGUUGCUUCAUUGACCCUCGGCAUGCAACACAGGCUGUGGAUUUACCGGUUUGGGCUGGUCGUAAUUUGUGCAGUCCUCGUAUAAUCUGGUUUCUAUGAUUGAGCUUGGUGUGUCCAUUUCAUGGACUUCUGAUUUUGUAGCUUUACUGUUCUGCAAAUUUCAUUCUUUGGAGGCGAAGCUAUGUUAGCCCCCAUUGUAGCAUUGAUGGUUUCUCAUGGUUAUUCAAUUUUUUGGUUAUUCAGUAAAAAAGUUGUUGAGGUUUCAUCUCGCUGAAUAACCAGCA